AUGGACAAAGGUUCAGCGUACUACGAUAACGUGCGGCCGCUGGCGUUCCCCGACUGUGACGCGGUCCUCAUCUGCUUCGACAUCAGCCGCCCGGAGACUCUGGACAGCGUUCUCAAAAAGUGGCAAGGAGAGACCCAGGAGUUCUGCCCCAACGCUAAGGUCGUGUUGGUGGGAUGUAAACUGGACCUGAGGACAGACAUGGGCGUCAUGAGGGAGCUAGCUAAGCACCGACUGAUCCCUGUCACCCACGAACAGGUGAGAGGCACCCAGUAG